AUGCUCCCGCGGAACGAGGGUAUACUGUCGUCGAAGGUAACGGUCCGCUACUUCGACCCGGGCAAGAAGAAGCAGUUGCACCAGGACGUGCUCGUCUCGCAGCUCGUGCGCGACUACCGCCCCCCGAAGCGCGGCGCGCGUCUCUGGUGGGAGCGGUCGGGAGACUAUCUGCUCGUGACCGCGACCGGCGAGCGCGACGGCGAGACGGUCGAGGUCGAGGUCGACGGCGACUUCAUCGCGGACGGCGGCGCCGUGACGUUCGUCCACAUGGACCAGCUCACGCCCGUCGUCCGCGACUUGGACAAGAAGAACCGCAAGUUCUACAACAAGUGGCGCCAGAUCAAGGCGACGCACCCCGACUGGAUCUACAGCGACACGUUCCGCGCCACAUGUUUGCGGCAGUCGACGAAGAAGCGCAAGGGCGAGAUGUGCGCCACGAGCCUCAAGCGGACGACGAUCACGCGCGACGGCGAGGACGCGUACCGAGCUUCCGACCAGCCGGCCAAGAUCAAGAAGUGGCACGACUACUACCGCCAGUUCGAGAUCUUCUGCCGCGGUUGCCAGGAGUACGGGCAGCAGACCUGGACCUGCCGCUGUGGCCUCCCAGGCACCGGCUCGAGUUUACCCACGGAGCUCGUGCGCUCGGUCCUCCGGAGGCUGCUCGACGACGACGCGCUCGACGCGGCGAUGUCCGGCGUCUCCGCGGACCGCGACAUCGAGCUCAUCGGCAUCCCCGCGGACCUCGCGGUCGAGGUCAUGCGCCUCGCCACGGGCAUGGACGCGGCUGAGCUCGACGCCGUGCUCGCGGAGAUGCACGUCCAUCCGAGCCUCGGCGUCAACUGCCGUGUCGUCGAGCUCGAGCACACGUGGCCGCUCGCGCCGCGCCUCCCGGGCAACUCGUUGCCGCACCCGGCGCCGGAGGGCCUGCCCGCGCACUUCGCGCUGGAAGACACUCCCGCCAUGGUCGACGGGCGGCCCAACCGCGCGAUGCGACUCUGUUCCCGUAUCGACGUCAUCCAGUACGCGCUGCACGAGGUCAACGUGCUCAAGGGCACGACGUUCAACCAGGACAUGCUCAAUGACUGGUUCGACUGGGAACGCUGCCUCUACUCCGUCGCCGAGUUGCAGAAGACGGACCCCUUGAAGCGCAAGUACCGGGCCCCGCACGACAUGCGCAAGCGCCCGACGCGGCUCAAGUCCAUGCUCGGCCUCGCGCGGUCCAAGGUCGUCGCGUCCAAGGACGCCGAGUACGUGCGCGCGGGCGCGAAGAAGAUCGCCACCUUCGCCAGGGAGCAGGUCGGCGAGCCCUGGCAUUUCGUGGGCGCGGUCCAGAGCAAGGUCCCGAGCCGCUGGGCCGUCGAGAAGCGCUGGGCGUUCCGCACGGCCAUCGCCGCGGCGCUCGGCAUGGCCUACGCGUCUCUGGCGGCCGUGCACCAGGCGCGCUGGUCCGCGGUCCACAGCCUCGCGCCGAUUUUGGCCAUCGCGAACGUCGGCCUCGCGGCCGCGGUGCUGCCGGCGCCCUGCGUCGGCAGCGUCUUGCUCCUCUCGAAGCUCUUCCUCUGCGGCUCCGUCGUCGGGUCGUGCUGCGCCGUCGUCUGCAUCGAAAUCGCGCGCGCGCUGCCGUUCGCGGCCGCGGGCAAAGACUACGCGCUCUUCGCGCUCUACUGCGGCGCGGUGCUCUUCGUCGUGUCCCGGUCCAAGCUCCACCUCGUCAUGAAGAAGCUCGCCUGCGUCGUGCUGUCCAUCGCGACCUUCGCCCAGGCCGCGUCGGGCCACGCCAUCCCCUGGGCGUUCCCCCUCUGCAUCCUCACGCCCUGCGCCGUGGGCUGCGUCGCCGCGCUCCUCGCGGCGCUGCUGCCCUGGCCCGUGGCCGCCGUCGACGAGAUCCGGCGGCUUUCAAGUCUUAUAGACAGCGAACUGAAGGAGUGA